AAAAUCUGUUAUAAAUUAUCCAACGUUACAUAUUUCCCUAGAGUAGCAAAAGUAGCCUAAAAUGAAAGUAAGAGUUGUUCGUUUGCUUUUACAAAAAACUGCUACCUAAUCUACGCAAGGACCGGACUUUGCCUCGAUCUUAUUCACCUAGUGUCACUACCAAUCCACGUGAGCGCAAUCUCGUGGCCUGACUUGACCCCACCACUACUCUGACCACCCCUGUCAGUCUGCAAACACCAGCCCGGUUUUUGUCUCUGUUUUCCCUGAGAAACGCGACCGACGGCUCGGGACCUCCCAGAGACCGACCAGGAAGGCUCCACAGCAGGCCAGGCUCCUCUCCGGACUCGCGUGGAGCUCCCCAAGACCUCUGGUUCCAGCUCCAGUCCUGGCAUAAUGGCGACGCUGAGCCUGGAGCCCGCGGGCCGCAGCUGCUGGGACGAGCCGCUGAGCAUCUCAGUGCGCGGCCUGGCCCCCGAACAGCCCGUCACGCUGCGCGCCGCCCUGCGCGACGAGAAAGGCGCGCUCUUCCGCGCCCACGCGCGCUACCGAGCCGACCCCCACGGCGAGCUCGACCUGGCGCGCGCGCCCGCGCUGGGCGGCAGCUUCGCGGGGCUCGAGCCCAUGGGGCUGCUCUGGGCCAUGGAGCCCGACCGGCCUUUCUGGCGCCUGAUCAAGCGCGACGUGCAGACGCCCUUCGUGGUGGAGCUGGAGGUGCUGGACGGCCACGAGCUCGACGACGGGCGGCUGCUGGCGCGGGCGGUGCACGAGCGUCACUUCAUGGCUCCCGGGGUGCGGCGCGUGCCCGUUCGCGAGGGCCGUGUGCGCGCCACGCUCUUCCUGCCUCCAGGCAAGGGGAGGUUCCCUGGGAUCAUCGAUUUGUUUGGAAGCGGCGGUGGGCUGUGUGAAUACCGAGCCAGCCUCCUGGCUGGGCAUGGUUUUGCUGUACUCGCUCUGGCUUACUUCAGAUUUGAAGACCUCCCUGAAUAUUUGAGUGAUGUGCACCUGGAGUACUUUGAAGAAGCCGUGGCCUUUCUGCUGCAGCAUCCAAAGGCAAAAGCAACAACAAUUAAAGAAGCCCUGUCCAGAUGGGAAGAAAAGACCGGUCAGAGGCCGUCUGAGGCCAGAGAGAUAAAACUGUAUGCCCAGAUCCCCCCGAUAGAGAAGAUGGAUGCGUCUCUGUCCACACUUGCCAACUGCGAGAAGCUUUCCCUGUCUACAAACUGCAUUGAAAAAAUUGCCAACCUGAACGGCUUAAAAAACUUGAGGAUUUUGUCCUUAGGAAGAAACAACAUAAAGAACCUCAAUGGACUGGAAGCAGUAGGAGACACGUUAGAAGAACUGUGGAUCUCCUACAAUUUCAUUGAGAAGCUGAAAGGGAUCCAUGUGAUGAAGAAACUGAAGAUUCUCUACAUGUCUAAUAACCUGGUGAAAGACUGGGCUGAAUUCGUGAAACUGGCAGAACUGCCAUGCCUGGAAGACCUGGUGUUCGUAGGCAAUCCGCUGGAGGAGAAGCAUUCUGCAGAGGGCAACUGGAUCGAUGAAGCAACCAAGAGGGUGCCGAAGCUGAAAAAGCUGGAUGGUACUCCAGUAAUUAAGCAGGAAGAGGAAGAUGAAAACUAAGGCCGUACUUUACACUUUGUGUUAAUUUAUUUAAACGUUAUGAGAACAAAUAGAUAUGUUUUGUAUAAUUGUCUAUUUUAAAGAUUAUGUGAGAGCAGAGUUCUGAAGAUAAAACACAUCUCUCACUCCCAUCCUAAAACCCUGUUCAGUGUUUCCCCUCAGACCAGCAGCGCCUGCUCUGGUGCAGCCCACCUUCAGAAACUGCAAAUCCCCAGCUGUGUCCAGUUAUGGACCACACCACCUGUCCCCUAAAAUGUACGUGCCAGUCGUUUCAACAGCAAAGGGACCUCUUAUCUGUUCAGUUGCUUAGUAUCGGGGUGGGGGAAGCAUUUUAAAGGUAUACUUUCAAGUCUGUAAAGGUUCAUGUCCUUAUAACUCCAAAGCACAAAGCAUCUAUCUCCCCACGGGCUCGGAAGGCAGCACGCUGAUGGGAAGUGUUCCUAUUAGAACACAGCUGGACCUAGAGCCAAGGGUCCAGUGUCUGAUGGGAAACACUGGUGAGAAAAGGAAGACUGACUGGCUUGGAAUCUCCUUAGCUCCUGUUAUAUUUACUUAUUAUUUUUCCAAAACUGUGUGCACUGUCAACUGGAAUUUAGGUUGUGGUCCAUGGAUGCCCACUGGAAUCAUGUACAACCAGACACCCCUGACCCCCAUCAGUGACUAAUGCAGCUGGCAUGAUCACCCCUUUGAUAGUCAUGUGACCACAUCAGCUCUUGUGGACCUUGCCUUAUGCAGAUUUUAAGACAUAAUUUCUCAUCUGUUUAAAGCAGUAGUCAAUAGUUCUAACUACCUACUAUUGAGAUUGGUAAAAACUUUUCCCUAAUAAGUUAUCCUAGUGCCCUUUGCUUUCUAGCUAUAAGGGUACAAACUUAAAGAGUGAAUUUGGUAGCUCUAAAUAAAUGAAAUAGUUUUUCAAAAUAUAUUUUUGAGACGAUCUAAGUUAAGCAGCUUGAAGUGUAUCAUGUAAGUGGUAUAGAGGGAAGAGAGAUGUUGUGGGAUGGACCCCAGGCAAAUGGCAAUGUCUGGAGAUGUCUCCUGUGGAUCCCUGGAGGUGUCCUAGCCUCCAGUCUGCAAAGCAAUAGUUAGCUGUGGAGAUUAUCAUUUCUCAUGUAAGAAAAAUAUCCUGAAAAUGUAAAAGGUCAUCAACACCAGACGAAGUCUUCAGUGGGCAGUGAUAAAGCAUUGACUGCAGAAAAGAAGUCAGGACCCCCUACCAAAUUGUGCCUACAGCCUCAAAAGAGGCUCCCAAUUCCUGUUCCCGUCUCCACGUGAUUCUCCUUAUUUUAAUGAUCGCAUUAGUCUUGAUUUGAGAAAUUUAAUAAGCUAUCAUUUCAAUAAGAAUGACUUUUGUCCUCCAAGAGUCAAACUGAUCAAAAGGGACCACUGCUUUGACAAUCAUCAAGAACGCCUCGUCUUGGGCUGCAGACAGCUGAGGCUGAGACCGCUUGCUCAGGACCUGAGUUUGCUCCCCGGCACCCUAUGGAGGUCACAGCCGCCUGCAUCUCUAGGGGAUCUGACACUGUUUUGGCCUCCUGGGGUACCAGACACACAAGUUACACAGACAUACAUGGAGACAUACUCAUGAAACAAUACAUUUUUCAAAAGAACACCUAGUCUAAUACCUUAUAUACUUCUUUGAAGUUGUUCUGAUGGGAAGAAACUACCCUGCCAGGCUUAACCAUUCAAAACCAUUGACAUUGCUAUUGUGAGCCAUAGGGUGAGACUUCAUUCUCCUUGGUGAUGCCAAAGGCCCACAGCUGAGAAGGACACUGUUGUUACUGUAGUUUGCACUGUUUCUAUGCAUGGGAGUGAGCAUGGGAAGUGAAUGGCUUCAUACUGGAUCUGUGAAAUGACUUACAGUAUAUGUGGUUUUUUUUUUCUCAAAUUCUGUAAUUGGGAACGCCCCUCCCCCAUUUCUUAAUGUCUUUUAAUCAGGGAUGGUUCUCAGAGAUAUGUAAGGUGCUUUUCUGUCCAUUUCACACAAGCAUCAUUUUCGGUUCUUGUCCACAAAUAUUGGAAUGAUCUUGAUGCAUCUCUGUUUCUGGAAUUAAAGCCAAAUGCACUCAAUUAGGAAGUGGAAUGAAAGGCUGGAUAUAUGAAAACAUUAAGGAUAUCCUGUCAGAUUAUUCCUUAAGCCAUCUUUUCUGCUAAAACUGUAGUGGAUAGAGGAUGCUCUUGGCUUAUGCCAUUCAGAUUGGAGACUGGAGCACCUUGGAGUAGAUGCUGUCUGCAUUCACGUGAACUUCUGCUGGUCUUAGAGUGGGAGAGUGCUACAGUCAGCCCACAGUCGGUAUGAUGGUGGUAGGUCAGCAUUCUGCUUUCUGGGUUUCUUAAUGCUGAGCUAUGGCCAUAUUAUCUAGCCAGGCCUUGGGAGGCUCUUGUGCUCUCCGCUCACUGCACCAGAGGUCUCCGUAUCCCCGCUGUUUGCAUUUCGGACUGUGUAACUCACUGUUGUGGGCUAUUCAGCCACAGCCCUGUCUCCUAUACCCUAGAUGCCAGUAGCUCCUCAUCUCCAGUUAUGACAACAAAAGAUGGCUCCAAACAUUGCACGCUAUGCCCUGGAGCAGGGGAGAGCACCAAAUUCUCCCCUGGGUAAGAACCAGUGUUUGUUGUCCCAGCAUGCCUCUGUCUGUUGGCCACUUUAGCUCUGUAGUGGGCCCACCAGAGUUAUGGUGAGAAGGUAGCAUCUUCACCACGGUGGCUGGAGAUGGUCGGUAGUGGUGCAGUGCCCAGUUUCAUGUUCCACACAGUCCUAGAAACCUCUGUGUGAAGGAUUUCAGCUUCAGUUACGUGAUGAGCGGGGGUGCUCAUCUUAGGAUGGUGACUGAUGACUUAGCCUGUCUCUCUUACCGAAAACAAAAUCCAACUUUAUAUUUUGUUUUGUCUCUAAAGCUUAAUAUUUGGAAUAUACUUUAGAAAAUGUGUCAUCAUGCACAAUUUUUUUGUAGACUGUCUUUUAAUCUAGAAAGCAUGUGUUUAAUUGCUCAUGCAGGGAAAUUAGCCGGGGCAGACUUCUGGUGCGACUGUGGGCACAAGGAUGCCAUCCCUAACUGAUCAGUAACUCGGCAUGCUUCCCGGAGCUGCCCUGCAUGCAGCCCCAGCUCUGCAGUGGAAAUAGGUGUUGUAGGUGUUUCUUCUGAUACCUUUGCCAGUGGUCUGAAAGCAAAAUAAGGAACAAUAAGACCUAAAUCUGUCAUUGGCUGAGAACUGGGGACAUGGAAAACAGGAUUGGAAUCUUUUACCCAAGUUUUCCUUAAGGUUAGCAUGAAAAAGCCCAGAAAGUUUGGAUUUCAUCAUUCACUUUGAAAAGUGGAGGGGGGGGGAGUGUUGUGAGGAGCCAUGGUCUCUGGCUGAACUUGUAGUUCACAGAGGCUGUGAACGGUGAAGCCGUGGUAAAGGAAGAAAACCAGAUUGCAAGCCUUCCCCACAGUCAGCCUCGGACACACUCUCUCUGUGUGAGCCAAUGAUCUGAGAGUAAGGAGCUGGGUCGGAGCUGUUUGCAACAGCUGACUUGUCCAUGUUCCUUUAUCUACACCUGGUGUGGCUUACUCACCCAUCCCAUGAAAGUAGAAAAGGGGAAAUUUUAAAACCUAAGGUUACAUUGAGAAACACUAAACUUUUAGAAUUCCGUGUUUAUGUAUCUAUCCCUGCCUUUAUUCAUCAUGAGGAGUAAGAAAGGAAACCGAAAAGGAAAAACUAGACUUCUAGCCUGAUAUAAGUUGGUUCACUUGACAUGUGGAGAAAUUGUAAUCAUAUUCUCAUUAAUUUCCCAUAUUGGGCAGAUUAGAGAGACAACCAAAUUAUGAUCUAACAAAUUUAGCAAGGAGGUAGAGAAAAUAAACUAUUUUUCUAGUAGAUUUGCACUUUAAAAUUGUGAGUGUGGCUGAUGGUGAAACUACUUCCAGAGGGGAGGUGGGUGCGAGCCAGCUGCACACAGGUGGGCCAGACUCAGAGACUCCAGCCCUUGCUACUAGGCUGAUACUGCUGUCUGUCUUCAGGUCCAAGGUCAUCCCUCUGGGAGGUGCAAAAUAGCAUUCCUAUUCAGAAUAGAAACUGUGGGUAUUUCCUUUCCAUAUCUAAGUUUCUUUUUUUCUUUUGGUUUUUCAAGGCAGAGUUUCCCUGGCUGUCCUGGAACUCACUCUGAGGACCAGGCUGCCCUUGAACUCAUAUCUGCCUGCCUCUGCCAGUGCUGGAGUUAAAGGCUUGUGCCACCAUGCCCAGCCCCUAUCUAGAUUUUAAAAAUUCAUGUUGGUGUUACUACAUUACACGGGUAGGAGUUUAGCUUCUGGAUCACUGGGAGACCCUGUGGGAGGAGAGCACUGCGAUGCUGCCACCCAGUGGGACCACUCCUGUCAAAGGCCUGUGAGCGGAGAGCAGAAGACAACACACAGUCCAGCUGCUUCUCCCAGGUGCCCGUAAUGGCCAGGAGCAUCAUUCUAGAACCAUGUUCAUUCUGAAGAAGAUUUGAAUAUCUGUACUGCUUUGGUAAUAGUCUUUUCUACACAGGACUUUUGUAGCAUGACUUUAUGACUAAACUUUGUGUGUUAAAUUAUUUAGUAAUAUUGAGUUUCUGAAUGUUAUUUUGUGAAACUUGUUUUAAAAUAGUAAUAAAUCAUGUUAUUUUAUAAAAAAAAAAA